AUGAAUUCAACAAUGAAUAGUUCAUUAUUAAUGACACCGACAUGUUCACUAAAACUUCGUUUUUAUACAUCUGAUUAUUUAUUUUUUAAAUUACUUAAUGCAACAUAUUUACGUUUGCUUAUUGGUCCAGGUAUAUUACUUAAUACACUUUGUCUGUUUGUUCUUUCACGUCCAAGAUUAUCAAAUAAAUCAACAACUGUUGUUUUUUUACGAUUUCUUGCAAUUUUUGAUAUUUUGGCUAUUACACUUAAAUAUAUUCGAGCUGAACUUAAUUAUCAAUCAAUUGAAAAAAAGAAAGAUAUUAUUAUAAUAACAUCUGUAUUUUGUAAAACACUUUAUGUUGGUAUGAAUGCAUCUAUUUCAAUUACUAUGUGGACUAUUGUUUUAAUGAGCUUAGAUAAAGUUGUAGCUGUUAGUUAUCCACUCAAAGCUGGUAUAUGGAUAACACAAAAACGAGCAUUUUAUGUAUGUUGUUUUACAAGUCUUUUACUUUUAAUUGUCAAUUUAUAUUUUAUUACAUUAUCGGAUGCACUUCCAGCAAAUAAUAAUCAAGGAUAUUGUGGAUUAAUUAAAGUUUCUUUAAUAAUUGAUAUUCUUACAGCUUCUAUUUUACCUAUUGGUUUAAUCACAAUUAUUAAUAUUGUUAUUGUGAUCAUUCUAUAUUGUGCUUCUCGUACAUCAUUUGAUUCCUAUAUAAAUGAGGAUAGAAUAGAUUUACGAAGUUUGCCAAUAGACGUUAUGAAAAACGAACUUAUAUUAGCUAGAUAUCAUUUUCAAUCGUCACAAAAUUCAUCAUCAACAACAGAUACAAAUCAAGCAAUAAAACGACGUACAAAUGCACAAGUAACACGAAUGCUAUUAGCUGUUACAUUAUCAUUAAUUAUAUUUAAUAUUCCAAAUACAAUUAUAUUUCUUCUUACAAAAAUUAAUAAUUCACGACAAUUAUUACAUGGACGUUCAUGUUUAGAAAUUAGUGAUAAUGAUAUUAAAUCAUAUAAAAUUAUGUUUUAUUCAAUUGUUAUACAAGAUAUAUUAUCAGAUUUACCACAUAUUAUAAAUUUUUUUCUUUAUUGUUUAUCUGGAAAAAAAUUUCGAAGUAUUUUUCAAAAUGAAAUUCAUUAUUUUAUUCAUUGUCAUUUAAUUAGACGACGAAAUCAACAAUGUUUUACUCGAUGUAGUAGUCAUCAUCUUGAAGUAAGCAAUCCAUCAAGUCUUAAUUUUAGUCAAAGACGAAGAUUAUCUAGAAAUAUUUCAUGCGAAUCUCAAAAGUUCAACUAA